UCACUUCUACAAGAGAAAAUAUUGGAGGUUUGGAGAAAAAUGUUAAAGCCAUCAGUACGAUUUCAUCCUUCUAGGUUGGUGGAGAUGAACGGGAAGGAGAUGAACAAGAUGAAGGAAAUUAAGGAGGGGAAGGAGGUGAAGGGAAUAAGAAAAUUAGCUCAAGUUUUUACUUCACAAAAUCUGUCCUCUCAGGAGCAAUGUUUGGAGACUGUACUUCAUUACCCGGACUAUACAGAAGAGCGGAAUAUUGUUGAACUAAACCUGGAUUUCCCGUCAGUAUUCUCCAAGGUCGGAGCAGGAGAAGGUUCUCGCAGAUUUGGUCGAAGUAAGAGCAUCCUUGAAACCAACCAGGGGACGGAUGUUACUGAUGGAGGUUUAGAUUAUCGAAUGCUGUUUGUUUCUAAUCGACCAUUAGAAAACCUGAUAAAAGCAGUUCUGAACAAUGAUUUAGAAAUGAUUAGGAAAACCUUAGACGAACAUGGAGACCUUUUAACUAAAAAUGUUCUUAAGUUUAAGAAGAGAGUUUCUUACAAUAUGCAGGAAAUACAGGCUGAAAAGAGAUGGACAGAUAUUGAGAUAUUUGUAGAUAUUCUUCAGUUUGCUGUACUGCACCGUAAACAUAAACCACUUGCAGUACUACUCGACUAUGUACAGGGGGAUAUUUGCGAAGUUUUAAAUAAACAAAUCAGACUAAACUGCGGUCUGAGAAAUGUAUCUGCCUUUGAUUAUGAGGAUGUAAAACUUGAAAGACGAAAUCUAUUCCAUCUUGCAACAGAAAUAUCUUUGGAUUGUUUGAAGAUACUUCUUCAAUUUAAGUUUACUCCGGACUUAUUGAUCUCAGAAGAUGUAGGAGGACGAACAGCAUUUCACAUUGCUGCUGGGAAUUCGGGGAUGGGAAGCUUUGAGCUGAUUUUUAAUGCAAUCGGUGAUCAAACCAAUAUCUGCAUUAAGAAGGAUAAUGAUGGAAAUACACCUCUACACUACGCUGUUAAAUUUGGCACCUUGGACACAAUGCUCUUUAUUCUGACCAACAUCAGUUCACAAUAUCCAUAUAUUACAAAUAUUGAGAACAUGAAAGGGAAAACUUCUCUCUUCUACGCCAAAGAUCCUAAAAGUGUGUAUAUAUUAUUAAAUUUUGGCGCCAACCCUAUGACAGGUAACUGUGAAGGAAGAUCUCUACUAGAAGAAUUUAUUAAAGUAAAACCUGAGAAUGCCAAGGCUCUGCUGGCUAGUGAAAUAGAUACUAACGGUAAAGAACUGAAUGAUAAAGAUUAUCUAUACGUUUACCAACUUCGGUUGUUUCUGAGAAAUCCUCGGGAUCCCGAAGACGGGGAGGAAAUGGCGGUCAUUUCAAAAUUUGGAGAAUAUAAUCAGAAAAAGUUAUUAAACCUGCCUGGACCGGAGCUAUACCUCCAUCUAAAAUGGAGUAUGAUAAAGCAAUGGUAUUUUCUAAACGCAAUCCUAUAUUUUGUUUUCCUUAUAUCGUUGACAUUACUGGUGUACUGGACUUCAUACUACAAAAACCAUCCCAGAUCCCAGAGUGAACCAACCAACCAGACUAGCUGUAGUCUGGAUAAUCUUAAAUGGUAUUCUAUAGAUUUUGAAAAAAGAUAUUUGAACAGGAUCUGGAUUCUACUUCACGUAUUUACACUCAUGUCUACUAGUGUGGUACUGGUCCGGGAAAUGAUGCAGCUGUGGAGUAAGAAAUCUAGAUAUUUCCGGUCAAAAGAAAACCUCCUGGAAUGUUCUAUCCUCCUGUCCUCACUACUAUAUCUAUUAUGCAUUGCAUUGACAGGAAAAGUAGUGUGUGAAUCUGAACAGGCAGCUGGGGCAAUUGCCUUGUUUUUGGCUUGGUUUGAAAUGUCACUUAUGAUUGGAAGAUUACCAAGUGUUGGAAUAUAUAUUUACAUGUCUGUUAAUGUUAUCAAACAGCUUCUAAAGUUCUUCUCCGUCUACUUUACUAUACUCAUGGCAUUUGCAUGUUCUUUUAGCAUCAUUCUGCCCAAGUCACCGACCUUUGAGAACCUGAUAACAUCUUUUUUAAAAGUGAUUGUAAUGAUGAUUGGAGAGUAUGAUUUCGAAGAUAACUUUAAGAUGGAUAAGGUGAAUAAUCAAGGGCAUGAAAAUGCAAGUAAACCUGAAGUCUUGCGAAACAUAAUAACCCAAGUUCUAUUCAUAUCUCUUGUAUCAAUGGUGUCUAUUACAAUUGCCAAUUUGAUUAUUGGUUUGACUGUGCAAAAUAUUGCAGAUUUGCAACGUAAUGCAGGAACUUAUAAACUUUGCAAAACAUUGGACCAGAUUAAAGAAACUGAAGAUAUUUUUAUCAAAAACAGUAUUUUCAAAUGGUUCAAUCAGAGAAUGGCAUUUUCUAAACAUGUUAACAAGCACAUGCGUCUUUUAUCAUAUUUUAAACACUUGCUUCGAGGCAAUCAGAUAAAUACAGACAAUGUCCAAAUAUGCAUUAACCCACAAGAAUGUACAAUUGAAGAAAAUGCAUUCUCAAGCAACACCUUCAAGACAUAUCUUUAUGAUUCUUCAAAGCUGAGAAUAGAAAAAUAUCUAAAUGCAGAUGUCCCAGAAUGGGUGAUAACCAACACCAAAAAAGCAUUGGAGGAAAAGCAGAAGAUUCUAGAAGAGCUUGAUAUAUUGUACAGAAACUUUACUAACUCUACUAGUGUUGCAUACAACUUCAGCUAUACACAGGAAACACAAAGAUUAUCUAAUGCUCCGGUCCCCUAUGAGUGCCUAAUGAGCGGGGAUACUAUUGGUUGUGGUGAGAAGGAAGAACUGCUCCUGGAGCUGGAUAGAUUAGAUCAAGCGUCAAACCAACUCCGGAGAAGACUCUCCUCCCUAGUCCUGAAUACUGAAUCAAAUGCAUAGUAAAAUAAUAAUUGUAAAAUUUCUAGUGAUAUUAAUGCAAAUAUUUUGUUUCAUUCAUUUAUCAACAAAAUACAUAAUAGUUGACCUUUA